AUGCAGUGUCUUCACACUCUGGAUGAAGCAGAAAAUGUAGUCAAUUUCAGAGAACGAUUGUGGUUAAAGUUGCAAUUGAGCUACGACCAUUUGAAUCCAACGGAUCAUGAAAUGUGUUUACUUGCGUCUUGCGUCCUUGAUGUGGAUUGUUUGAAUCACGAAAGUUCCAAAAAGUUAUUCAUGACCCACGCAUUUCUUUAUUUGACCAAACUGAGUCCAUCAUUUUCGGAAUGGGUAGACAAGAUUCUCAUGAAAUGUGAAGGACUACCAUUAGUUCUGGUGGUGAUAGUUAGUUAUCUGAAAACGAAAGACUACAAGAUUGUCGCGAAAUGUGAAGGACUACCGUUAACCCUAGAGGUGAUAUGCAGUUAUCUGAAGACGAGACACAAUAAAAGCAUAUGGAGGCAGUGUUUUCACACUCUAGAUGAAGCAGAAAAUGUAGUCAAUUUCAAAGAACGGUUGUGGUCAAAGUUACAAGUGAGCUACGACCAUUUGAAUCCAACGAAUCAUGAAAUGUUCCUUGAUACUGCGACUUUCUUUAACAACUUUACAUGGAACCUGCAAGCAGCUAAGUCUUGCAGGCGUAAGCUCUAUCGCUUUGAAGAUAUACGAUGGAGUACUCUGGUAGAUUUGUCUCUUGUCUACGAUGUAAACGAAGAUGAUUGUAUACGAAUGCACUAG